AAACUGACAAUAGAGACAACCAACACCUUCACAAUAAAAGCUCCCACCCUGUGAAUGAGCUCAACGGGCAGCACUUCCGGUCAUGACGACUCUAACUUUGAAAGUCUUGAGCUAGCAGUAGCACAACAUGUCGGCUCCAGUCGCAUUGUUAAAAACCCGUUUGUCGGUUCUUUGCCGGCUUAACUUGUCUCCGCCGAUGACGAGGACUCUCCUGGGGACGACUCACCGGGGAAGGUGUCCCGCCGGCGGCAGGUGGAUGUCUCAGACAGGAGGAAACCUGCAACCACUGGAGGGCGUUAGAGUGUUAGACCUGACGAGAGUUCUGGCUGGUCCCUUCGCCACCAUGAUCCUGGGAGAUCUGGGAGCUGAGGUGAUCAAAGUGGAAAGACCAGGAGCAGGUGAUGACACCAGAGUCUGGGGUCCUCCAUUCAUCUCUUCAGAGAGUGUCUACUUCCUGAGCAUCAACAGAAACAAAAAG